AUGCUGGGGCCAUCCCCCAACCACACAAUGGAGUCCCCUGGCGCCUUCUUCCUGGUGGGCAUUCCAGGUUGGCAGUCUUCCUAUCUUUGGCUGGCCAUCUCACUGAGUGCCAUGUACAGCAUAGCUCUCUUCGGCAACACCCUCAUCAUCACUGUGGUCUGUGUGGAUUCCACUCUGCAAGAGCCCAUGUACUUCUUUCUGUGUGUUCUGGCUGCUGUGGACAUUGUUAUGGCCUCCUCUGUGGUGCCUAAGAUGGUGAGCAUCUUCAGUUCAGGGGACAGCUCCAUCAGCUUUAAUGCCUGUUUCACUCAGAUGUACUUUGUCCAUGCUGCCACCGCUGUGGAGACAGGGCUGCUACUGGCCAUGGCUUUUGAUCGCUAUGUGGCCAUCUGCAAGCCCCUACACUACAGGAGAAUUCUCACGCCUAAACUGAUGCUGGGAUUAUGUGUGACUAUCGUCAUUAGAGCUGUUAUUUUUAUGACUCCGCUGAGCUGGAUGUUGAGCCAUUUGCCGUUCUGUGGCUCCAGCGUAAUCCCUCAUUCCUACUGUGAACACAUGGCUGUGGCCAAGUUAGUGUGUGCGGACCCCAUGCCUAGCAGUCUCUACAGUUUGAUCUUUUCUUCCGUCAUUGUGGGCUCAGACGUGGCCUUCAUUGCUGCCUCUUAUACUCUGAUUCUCAAGGCAGUUUUUGGUCUGUCGUCAAAGAAUGCCCAGCAGAAGGCACUGAGCACGUGUGGCUCUCAUGUUGGGGUCAUGACACUGUACUAUCUCCCUGGGAUGGCAUCCAUUUACGUAGCCUGGCUGGGACAGGACAAAGUUCCGCUGCACAGCCAGGUGCUCUUAGCUGACUUGUACCUGAUCAUUCCACCUACCUUAAACCCUAUUAUUUAUGGUAUUAAGACCAGACAAAUCCGGGAACGCACACUGAAUCUGCUGAUGCAUUGCUUCUGUCACCAAUCCACUCAAGGUCCAUGA